AUGGCGUCCGACUUGAACAUCUCCAUCUCCAGCCGAAGCCCGCCGGCUAACCAAUUUGUGCAGCCAGCGUGGCGAGUGGCGCUAUGGGCCCUUGCUUACUGCGCUGUUGUCGGUGUGGCUCUGAUCGGGAACGCGGUGGUCAUCUGGAUCAUCCUGGCGCACAAGCGCAUGAGGACUGUCACUAACUAUUUGCUGCUCAACUUGGCGGUGUGCGAUGCGUCUACGGCUGCCUUCAACACGCUCGUCAAUUUCGUCUACGCCGCGCACGGAGAAUGGUACUUCGGGGCGCUCUACUGCAGAUUUCACAACUUGUUCCCCGUCACGGCGGUGUUCGCCAGCAUUUACACCAUGACCGCGAUUGCUAUUGACAGGUACAUGGCCAUCAUCCAUCCGCUAAAGCCUCGCCUGUCAGCCAAAGCCACUCUGACCGUGAUCGUGACUAUCUGGAGUCUGGCAGUAGUCUUGGCGCUCCCUCUCGGCUACUUCUCCACAAUUGCAGUCCUGCCUCACAGGACCCUUUGCUACAUAGCCUGGCCCCGCAUGGAAGACGACCCCUUCAUGUACCACAUCAUUGUGACGGUCCUGGUCUAUGUGGUGCCUUUAGUCGUGAUGGCCAUCACUUAUUUAAUUAUUGGUGUAACCCUGUGGGGAGGGGAGAUCCCUGGAGACACAUCUGAUAACUAUCAUGGGCAGCUGCGGGCAAAAAGAAAGAUCGUUAAGAUGAUGAUGAUUGUAGUGGUCACCUUCGCCCUCUGCUGGCUGCCUUAUCACAUCUACUUCAUGGUGACAGGCCUCAACAAACGUCUGGGCAAGUGGAAGGCCAUCCAGCAGGUUUACCUGGCAGUAAUGUGGCUUGCUAUGAGUUCCACCAUGUACAACCCUAUUAUUUACUGCUGCCUCAAUAGCAGGUUCCGGGCUGGCUUCAAGUGUGUUUUCCGCUGGUGUCCGUUCAUCCGGGUUUCCAGCAAAGAUGAGCUGGAGCUUCAGAACAGACGGCACCGCCCGGACCGCCAGAGCAGCAUGUGCACGCUCUCGCAGGUUGAUACCAGCAUCCUCAGCAAGGACAAGGGUGUAUGCUCACACGAAAACACACGUACAGAAGGUCCAAAGUGUAAUCUUCAGCGUGAUAGUGAAGGUGGUUAG